CACCAGAACCAUCGGAAUCAAAUGGAAUUAGUAGGCUUGAUGAUGCGGAAAUACAAAAUCUCAUUCGAUUUGUUACUUAUUCGUCAGCUUCUUAUUGUCAAAACUCAGAUAAUUGGAAAUGCGGACAAUAUUGUGAUAACAUUCCUCAAACAACUGUUGUAAAGGCUUUUAGAACUCACCCUGACGAAUGGGUAAAAAUUUUAGGAG